AUGCAUUCAUCAACAUUUUUUCGUGAUACUUUGAAGACUUCACCAUUUGUUUCAUUGAUGAGCAAGCGUACGUUUGAUGAACCAAAAUCGCCACCAAGUCCUUUAUCACCUGGACAACAAAAACGUGUUCGUUUUCUUGUUGAUAAUAAUAAUGACCUAUCUAUUGAUGAACAUCAAUCAUCGAUCUUAUUUCGACCAGGUGGUGUUGGAGGACGCGGCGGUAAUAUGAGUGGAUUUGACGAAAUGGAAAAUAAUCGUCGAAUAACCUCGAAUAUACUCUUUGGUAAUACAAGUUCUUCUUAUGACUUUGGAUUGAUGACGCAAACUGGUGGUAUUGACCAGCCUAUAGACAAUGUUAGUGUUUCAAAUGAUAAUUUUACUUUCAUUCAAGCCACUCAACGAACUAACCUUGCAAAUGAAAGUGGAAAUGAUGGCACCUGGCUGACAGUGUUUGGAUAUCGUACAAAUGCAGAUGCUCGAAAAUUGAUCGAUGAAUUCAGUCGCUUUGGAGUGAUAGAAAAAUAUAUGAUCGUCGAUGAAUCAAAUAUAUUUCAUGCUAAAUUUGCAACACGUCUUCAAGCCCAACGUGUUCUAACAAAACAUGGUCAUAUCUUUGGUCAAAUAAUGAUUGGUGUACGAUAUUGCAGUGAUAAAGAUAUUAUUGGACUUAAGCCACAAAGCAAUGUUAAUGUUUAUCUUGAAAAUCCUUUUCUCAUAAGACACCGACAUCGUUUAGAUAUUUUACCAUCGGUACCACUAACAGUUCACAAUUGA